UUACCAUUCGAGAUAGUCAAAAUGCAGUUGUUUAGUAAAAAGUUGUUUUUAGAUAUCUGCAAUGUAAUAACUGAUAGUCCUAUGAAACUGAUUUUAUGUUAAUGUUCUUUAUUUAAUACCUACAAUGCAAACAUAUCCUUAUGUCCCAGUUUAUUCUUUUUUAUGACAGUAUUAUUGCAAGCAAUAAUCUUCCAACCUUUUAACUCUGUUUGAUUUCAGUAACUAUUAAUAAACAAGAAAGGCCUCUUCACCGCCCAGCUGCUUAAUAUACAGACCUCAACCCCAGUUCACGUCUCAUGUUAUAUGUCAAACACUGAGCUCAAACACGAAGGGGCCACAGAUUACAGUCUGUCUCCAUGUCAUCAGAGUCGGCUCUGGUGCAUUUGUUGCUAACCUGCGAGGCUUCCCGGGUCUUUCUUUGGGGUCUUCUGUUCUUGGUGCUUUGUGGGAACUUUGCUCCUGUGUAGCACCCUGCCUCCUGUAGGGCUUCAUGAAUAUGUGCUCCCAGGGGUCAUCUCCUCCUAGCUGUCAGGUGGCUCCAGCUGGGUUCAACCCAACUGCAAGAUAGCAACACGGUCAAGCAGCAGAGAGCAGCUCAACAACAGGAGACAACUGGGAAGUGAAAAAUGUCCGGGUCAGCUGGUGAGCAGAACUGGAGGCAAGCACAGGUCAUCACUGGUCCCAGCAGACUGACCACAACAAUCAGACUGCGAGACAUAUACGAUCCAAAGCCUCCACCUCCAAAGGCUCAGGUCCGGAUCCGUCCGCCAUCUCCGAGACCUGCCUCUCUGAGCGAACGAGGUCAGCAGCAAACCCCUUCAGAUGAUCCCUCCGUCCAGAGGAAAAGGGCCCAGUCUCUGUCUUCUGCUUCAGGAAAGAAGAGAGAACCUAGGAGGGUCCAGGUCCGCUUUGUGGAUGCGCUGGGUCUCGAUCUGGAGGAGGUGAAAGUCUUCAGACGUCAGGAGGACCCCCUGAUACCUCCUCACGUGAUGUUCAGGCUGUUGAUGAGCUCUGAACUGACUUUUGGAAAGUCACCUGAGCUGAACAUGCCUUACUUCAGACCCUGUUUCCCUGAACACCCGGGGGGCCUGCCAAACUUCCAGAACCGUCUCUCCUCUCAGAAAGUCUCUCUGGAGAGUGUGAUGUGCUCAGACCAAGGCAUAACAGGAACUGUACAUGUACUUAAUUUAGCUUAUCAGAAAGAGGUCAAAGUGCACUACUCUUUCACCAACUGGAGAACGCAAACACACACAACAGCUUUGUGGGUAUCGGGUGGGUACCCUGGCGACUGCGAAGCUCCAGGCACGGAUGUUUUCAGGUUUCGUCUGCCCGUCCCGCCCUUCAUCUUGCAGCCAGGAGCCAUCCUGGAGUUUGCCAUCUGCUACCGUGUGAAUGGAUGGGACUUCUGGGAUAACAAUGAUGGCAACAAUUACAAACUGGCAUGCCACAGUUACAAGGUGACCGUGCCAAGGGAGUGUGAGGACAGCCUGCUGCAUUUCACCUGAGUGGCCACAUGAGGGAGCUAGCUCCUGUUAAUGCCUGUAGGAGGACAUGAAUAGCUUCUAUAUGAACUCUUACCUUGGUUUUCCAAAUGUUGAAAUGUUACUCGGUUCAUCUGGACGUUUAUCAGUUUGGACUUUUUCUGUAUUUUUUCCAGACUACAACGCAACUACACAGCAAAUGUUAUGUUAUCAGCAUGUAGCACAUCUAAUACUGUAUUCAUAUACUGAAUAUUUUGCAUUCAGUAUAUGAUUACUAAUAUUAACUUGAUCAUUCUUAACUACAAGUCAUAAAUUACUUUUUCAUUUUAAAAUGCUUAUCACCCAGCAAAUUAAUAAAAAUAUAUUUGUAGGAUCUUUUUA